AUGAAGUAUGAAUUUGCCCAUAUUAAAGUCGUCUUACUCAACGUGUUCAGGUCAUUCAUGCAUUAUUCCUUUACCUACCAGACUCCUCUUUGUACUUCAUCCACCCGAUCCUACAAAUCCCAUGUCGUCCUCAAUUUUCCUACGCAAUCGGCAAUCAACAACUCACUCGCUGUCUAUGAGGAACUUAUAUCGCUGACGGAACGAGAAGAAGAGAUCUUCAUCAAGUCUGAGUUUGACAAGCGACGCACCCGUCUUGGAGGUCCUAAGCCUGAGCAACUUAGGAAAGGCAUCGGGAUCAAGGUUUGGCAUUCAUCAAAGUUGGAUGAGAUCGUUCACGGUAUUGUGACGAUUGGCAUCCCAGAUGAGUUUGCGUGGUGCAUGUGGUUUGAAGGAAGAGAUUCUGAUACAGUUGAGAGUCUUGGUCUUGCGUAUAUCAAGCAGUUCAUAGAACUCUUCCCGACUAGCGCAUUAGCGCUGAUGUUGACAGGAUACUUUGCGUACAGCAAGGUCACCCAUGAUGACGAAGGAUCAACAGAGGAAUUGACCUUCGCAGUGGAUAGCGAUCCUUGUGACAUUAUUCUUGCAAGAUGCCUUUUCGGCACUCCCGGACUCGCUGCUAGCGAACAUGUGGAUGAAAGCGGCCUGGAAUUGGUCCGCAGGUAUGAGUCAAACAUAGCCCGUGAACUUCGAGAGUGGAGUACGCAAGGCCUUUCACAUUAUUCUGGCCACAUCGUUUGUCCACCUAUUUCCUCCCAAGCACCGCCCUCGCGCUCUUUAUUUCUUAAACGACAUCCUCAAGCAAGAACCCGCCUUGGAGGUCCUGAGCCUGAGCAACUUAGGACGAGUCUUCUUCAAUCUCAUGGCGGAAUGCUACAACAGAAAAGCACGUGUUCGUCACAUAAUGCAGUGAACAUGGCGGACACAAAGACAUCUCGGGGUCUCGCUGCAACGGGAGUCAGUACCAUUAUCUGUGUGUGCCAUAAUAUGAAACUAACAAAUGGUGUCGGUGACCACAAGAACUUCUGGCCCGAGAUCGGGGAGAUUGUGCCCAUCCAAUCACUGGCUGCCCUUCCUCCCAAUCAUGAUCUUCGUCGCUUUUUUCAGCAGAUCCUGUUCGUUGUAGCGAGCUCUAUCGAUCAUAACCGCACUCCCCUCCACAUGUCUCAGAAGAUUGUUCAACUCCUGUAUAAGUCUAGCUCUCAGCUUGGCAGAGAGAUUUAUGCUGCCUUGUUGGACCAACCGUGCCGCACGUUCGAAGACGUCGCUAAAGAGCCUAUCACAUGGCUGCUCUGCAGAGCGCAAACUCAACAUCCCUGUCACUGCGACUCUGCUACGAAGCGGUCUUGUCAGCACUUCGCUUCGGGAUCAACAGCUAGCGAAAAUUUUGUUUACCGAUCCUCGCCUCAUGACCCCCCGGUUGCUUCCCAGAGUCAGUUGACAUACCCUGUUGAAGUUCUUGUACAGUUGGCACAGGCUGGCGAUGCUAAUGAAGAGGUGAAUUCUCUCCUGGAGCACCUCCGAGUCGUUUGCAGACCCACAACGGAGGGUAUGGUGAUCCGCCAGCCCUCGGUGAAGCCAGAAACCGAGCAGCUCAAGGAAAAGUUGUUCAGCUGGUUCCAGCAAUGGGUUUCCAUCUUCCAGAGGUCUCAUCCUGGAGAAGGGUUUCGUCCCCUUCAUCUCCCAGCUCACGAAGCGGGAGAUUUUGAAGGUAGAAGACUUUUCUUUAUUCUUCUUCCGCGUGUGUGCGGAGGCAAGUGUGAACAGCUACAUCAAAUGCAUGGCAAACGGAGAGUCGAAUACGCUUUCCAAGUUCUUGACUCAAUGUCGCGGUUGAUCGUCUAUAUCAUCAAGUAUCAUGGCGACGCUUCUGGAAUCGACAACGACCAGGCGAAGGUUCAACAUCUCACCAAGAUUUUGUCGAUAUUCGUCCUCGUUCUGGCGAAUAUGCACGAAGAACAAGUCGUUCUCUUCCAACAGAAGCCAUUCUUCAGAUUAUUUUCCAGUCUCAUCAGUGACCUGCACUCCAUUGCAGAACACCUAGGCUGA